GUACAUGCUUCCGCGGCUCAAGUCCUUCAUGACGACCGGCGCCGGCAUGGAUGCGAAGGGGGGCGCCGCGGGCGGCGGCAAGGGCGCGGGCGGCCAGUUCCUCAAGGGGAGCGGCGAGUCGCAGCUCGAGAGCGACCGGCGGCUCUACCGCAAGCAAAUCUCGCGCAUCGAGGCGGAGCUCGAGCAGGUGAGGGCGACGCGCGAGCUGCAGCGCGGCGCGCGCAAGAAGCGGGGCACCAUGCCGCUCGUCGCGCUCGUCGAAAGGGCCUAGGGAAGUGUCUAGGAAGUGUCUAGGAAGUGUCUAGGAAGUGUCUAGGCACCAUGCCGCUCGUCGCGCUCGUCGGCUACACAAACGCGGGCAAGUCGUCGCUGCUCAACCAGCUCUGCGCAAAGGUCGAGGGCGGCGAGGAGGUGUACGCCGACGACCAGCUCUUCGCGACGCUCGACCCGACGCUGCGCAGGCUGCGGCUGCCCGGCGGGCGGGAGGUGAUGGUCGCAGACACGGUGGGCUUCAUCCAGAAGCUGCCCACCAAGCUCGUCUCCGCCUUCCGCGCGACGCUCGAGGUGUGCGAGGACGCCGACGUCGUCCUGCACGUCGUCGACUCCUCCUCGCCGAUCGGGCGGCAGCAGGCGUGGUCGGUGCAGCAGAUUCUGCGCGAGGUUGGCGCGGAGCACACGCCGCAGAUCCUCGCCCUCAACAAGGCCGACGCCGUCCUCGCCGCCACCGCCAAGCUCCCCGCCCCCACCGAGUGGGUCUCGCUGCACGACACCGUCUCGCCGACGUAUGCGGUCGCCAUCUCGGCCACGCAGGGCAAGAACCUGCCCAAGCUCCUCUCCGCCGCGCUGCUCUCCCUCUCGGUGCGGGUCUCGUGCGUGCUGCCGUACGCAAACGGCGAGCUGCUCGCCGAGAUGCACAAGGUUGGCACCAUCGUGGAGGAGGAGUACGUCGACACCGGCUGCCGCGUGGUCGCGUACGUGCCGCGCCCUCUCGCGUCGCGCCUCGGCAAGCUGCUGGGCGACGGCGAGGGCAGGAGUAGAGUAGAGAUUGGCGCGGGGUCGAAGGCGCCCGAGUCUGUUGGCGACAGCAGCCCUGCCGACUAG